CAGUUGUUGACGUUCGUACGCACGGUAUCGCUUGCCUUAGAGUUUACGGUUACUGGAGCAUUUAAAUGGUUGCUACUGUUAAACGCCUAAUCCGGGAUUCGAUCACCCUAAAAGCUAGCUUAAUGAGCUGUGCGCUAAUAUGUGCCAAAACGAAAAGUAAUCUCUUUGAUGUGAUGUGUGUUAAUUACAUUAGUGUUGAAUACAAACGGAACACUCAGAAGUGUUAAAGUGCUUGUCUAAAGAAACCCGUCGGACAUCGAGAAGUUGCUGCGAUUUGCAGAAGUAGUUCGCUUUCGCUAUGCUGAAAUUAAGUUCAGCACAGGUGGAUUUUGUGGUUGAACGAUAAUGACGAUGCUACACCAACAGUUUGCAGUCUGUUAGCGACAAAUAGCCGACGGUAAAGCACCGAUGCACCCCUACGGGAGGGCAAUACAUCCACAAUACCACUCAUCAACGGCCAUAGGUGGAGACAUUGCACCCGGAUUAUGUUACACCCGGCGUACGGCGUACAGCAUACAACUACAGCCGUUUGUUGGACCGCCCAGUGAAAAGGGCUCACACUUCAAUUCCGUUUAGUUUGGUGCCAACACUCGUGGUGGAAUCAAAGGAACCGUAACCGUGUCGUACCGUCCGUGGCAGUUGCUACGGAUACGAAGCUAUACUAACACGUGCAUCACACGAUAUGGAGCGGGUAGUGAAAUAAAAACAAUUAAAUUACAUUUGCACAAAAUAUGAUAAAAGUGCCAGUAAAAGUCAGCUUUGUGUGUGGUUGAGAGCUUAACGUGAAUUCGGUGCAAAUAAAAUGACCACCCAAAUGAAGUUAUUGUGAUUGCCUGCUUAAUUGUUUAAGUGGUACAAGCUGAUUCGACUCAUUAAGAUCUAUUGUCAUCAUUAAAAUUGCGGCAUUGCGCGUUGCAUUGCACACGACGGCAAAAGCAUUCCACGAAAGGUUAUGAAAAAGCUUUCACAUUCAGGUGGCAGUGUGAUCUUGUGUGUGCUGAGCUCGGUUCGUUUGCUGAUAAAAAGCAAUUAAUUUGUAGCUAAUUGAGUGGGCCAAAUAUUGGCACAGUGUGUGACCAAAAAACACAAACACUUGAAAGGGAGAAACGAGAAAAAAAGGAACAACUUUGUUGCUUGUUAGCUGAAUAUAUGAAAAAGGUAUUCACCAUGAUACACCAUCAACCGACGAAGUACCAUCAUGCGAACCCACUAACCCACUUCCUCAACCUGCACACGUCGCACGCCACAGCGGCAGCAGCCGCCGCUCUGGCGCUGGCAACCGAUGGGUUGGGCCACAGCCAUGCUCACCAUGGCCACCAGCAGCUUCAAACUUUGGCGGGAGCGGUUGGCCAUCAGCAGCAGCAGCAACAGUUACAUGCAGCCGUUAGUCCAUCGGUAUCGCAUCAGCCAGCGUAUCACGCAGGUCCUUCGGCGAACCUUCGACCAGUAGAACGAUCCCACAGCUCUCUCGGCCAUUACGCUCGAUCGUCCCAGGGAUCUCGAACGGAUGAGGAAGACGAGGAGCAGGAUGAUAGUAGUAAUGAUAAGAGCUUCGCUGGCGCACUGGGCGGACGAGAACUGAAGAACGAAGCGUUUGAUUCAGCGGUCGAGCCGUGCCAAGCGGAUGGUAGUGAAUCGGAGAACAAUAUCGAUAUCGAUGUGGAUGAUCCGGAUUGCGUAGAAAGGCCGGGGAGAUCCUCUCGUUGUGCGGGAACCGUGCGUAACGAGAUGGACAAUGCAAAUGGGAAAGAGUCGCUAAAAAAGACAUCUUCUGCUAGCGAACAGGAAGAUAACGAUGAUGAAGAAAUCGAAAUCGAUAGUAAAAAACCACACAACGGCUCCCAGAAAGACGAUCAAAGUGACCAUCGACUAGGUGCGGGUGCGAGCCCGUGCAACGAUACGACCACGGCCGUGCUCGACACGGACGGUUUCGUGGGAAAAUCGUUUACGAUAGCGGCCAUCCUGGGGCUGCGGAAGCAGCAGGAUGAGGCGGCCGCGGCUGCCGCAGCCGUUGCCAGCGAGUACAGCGAGGGAGCGAUGAAUCUUUCCACCGGGGCGGGCUUCCAGCAGCAACAGCGGGUUGCGGCGGCAGCGGUAGCCGCCGCAGCGAUGGGACGUUUGCCACUCGUCAUGGCGGCCGCUGCCGUCGGUAUGGAAAAACGGGACCGUGCCGACAGUGUGGACAGUGUCGAUACGUGCGGUGGAUCACUGGGAUAUGGCCCACAGCAGCAGCAGCAGCAGCAGCAGCCGCAGGGUGGCACACUGAGUGCGCUUCAGAACCUGCAUCAGCUACCUGGCCUACAUGGUGCUGUUGGUGGGAGCUUUUCCGCUUUCCAUCCCUCCGGUGGGAAUGGGUCGGCGAGUGCACAUCAGCAACAGCACUUGCAUCAUCCACACCAACACCAUCCGCAUCAUCAUCCGCAUCAUCAUCCUCAUCAGCAUCAUCAUCCUCAUCAUGCUCUGCAUCAUCAGGUCAGUCCGCACUUUGCUGGAAACCCUUUCCACCAUCACCAGGGACAGCAGCAGCAGCAGCAGCAGCAACAACAGCAGUCCCAACAACAAUUGCAACAACAACCAUCGCAACAGCAUCAUCAUUUGCCACAGCAUGCGGUUGCACAUCAGCAGCAGCUUGCGGCUGGACAUCAUAUGGCACUGGGACCACAUCAUCACGGACAGAAUCAUAAUAGGGAAAAGUUUAAAGACCUAAGCAAGAAAUCCGCCAUGUCCUCGUCGGCUGCAUCGCUGAAAAGUAAACGAGUGCGCACCAUCUUUACUCCCGAGCAGUUGGAGCGUCUCGAGGCAGAAUUCGAGCGACAGCAGUAUAUGGUCGGACCGGAACGUCUGUACUUAGCCCACACGCUUCAGCUAACGGAAGCACAGGUUAAAGUGUGGUUCCAGAACCGGCGAAUCAAAUGGCGCAAGCAUCAUCUGGAAAUAACGCAGCAACGGCUAGCGCUGAUCCGGCAGCGACAGAUAGCGAACGGAGUCCCCAUUCCUGCCGGCGAAGUGCAACCACAUCACAUUCAACAGCAGCAACAGCAGCAACAGCAGCAGCAAAACGGCAUGAGCGGGGGCCGUAUAAUGAACGCCAUGGAUUCCCCCGAGCUGACGAUAUGCACCGACUCGAUGGACGCACGGAGCAUCAGCGAUGGGGACGAUUAGAGCGGGCGGUGCGAGAGUUUGUCCACUGUCAGUGGAUAGGAAACCAGGAUUAUACAGGGAGAGUUUGUGAAAAUUCACGAUAACUGUACGCAGUUGGAGAGUAGUUCCUACGAUGUACGGCGAGCUUGGUAGAGCUUAAGUAUAAUGUCAGAGGUCAGUUAGCAAUAGGAUGGAUUUGGGGUAGUGAGUUCUUGUCAUUGUGUAAAAUGUUUGUAAAUAUUUUAUGUACGAAUAAAAAUGCCCACUAUUAG